GCAUGUGCAUCAUCAACGAACAUGAUUAUUUGAAAGCUCUCGUCUCGGUUGAGUCUAAAUUGUCCAAUUUUGUCUCAAUUUCAGCAAUUUGCCUCCCCCAGUGACAAUCACAGAAAGAGGAGCUGUUCUCAUCCGAAUCGUGGACGAAAAUUCAUGGUCAAAAUGAAGUUGCUCUGCAGCAGUGCGUUGUUUGGGAUUGUUUUGAUGCUACAUUGUGCGGAGGGAGUUUUCCAGCCAGAGUGCGAUUCGUUGGAUGGCGCCAUUGAUAGUAUCCAGCAGUCGUUUGCACAAAUUAAUGUCAUUGAAGGUUUGGGAUCAGCCACUAUAAAUUGCACCAAGAAACCAGACUGUGAUGGCUUCACUUGUAUAUUGGGUUUCCAGUCACAAAAGACGGAGAUAACAGUGGAACUGAAACCAUGUGAAGACCCUCCUCAGAUGUUUGUCUUAAUGCAAAAUUUGGACGGCACAGAACCUUUUGUAGAGGAGACGGUUACACAUGGGGAUUCAUUCCCAAUACCAGGUAUAGAGUAUACGUAUGAAUUCUUCAGAAUGCAGGCAGCGCUUGGAGUGGAAUUUCAGAAUGUCAGCAGUGGUCUUAGCAUCGGGCUGAGUUUGGAUUUGUAUACGAACGGGAGAAAACUCACGUCUUUGCCUCUGUUGCCACCUACAGUUAUCGCAGUACCAGAAUGUACUUCUGCAGGUGCAGAUAAUCAGUGUAUGCAUAUGCAAACUCUUGUCGAGUCGUUGGAUCCGCCUCACAAUUUCCAGUGUUUCAAGAAUCCGGACUGUAAAGGUUUUAACUGUACAGGGGCUAUCCAGAUAUCAGGUUUUAAUCUAUAUGCUACUGCUAAAGUGGUCAUAUUAAGCUGUACAAACCCUGUAUCUUAUGUGAUCUCUGUUGGACCACCGAAUAGCCCCCCUUCUGACACUGUAGUCUUUAGCUACUCCAAAAAUGUCCAACUGGCUCUUGAAGAUUUGCCAGGAGUAACAUCUGACUUAAAUGUAACGAUGAUUCCAUAUACACAGGAUAUUGACUACAUAAGAACUACAAUAGAGGUAGUUGUGUGUUAUCCUGGUAUAGAUUGCAUUAGAGAUGUUUUCGUUGACAAUGCUCUUGUACCGAUUCCGCCCUGUGACAAGCCACUUCCAGUUCCAACUUCUGGCAGCAUCACACCGAUACCAGGUAAUGAAGAUGAAUGCCUUACGAUGACGGACAUUGCUAAGGAUAUCCAGAAUAACGAGUUCCUGGAACCAGACUCCAUGUUUUGUCAUCACAACGGGCCAUGCGAUGGAAUUGAGUGCAGGAUAAACACAAGUCCUGACUGGUACGAUAUUAGCAUGACAUUGCUUCAUUGUGAUGAUCCUGUUCGGAUCCUUGUUGUCAUAAAGAGCAGCAGUGGCUUUAAUCAAGAGAGAUAUGUCUACAAUGAUGAUACACUUAGCAUCAAUGAAAUCAUAGAUGACUCAACUCUGACGUUCCAUAUGGUGAAGGAUGAAAGUGACGAAGUGGAGUUAGCGUUAAUACUAAAGAUACAAGCGUCUUCACCGUAUGGACAGUCUGUGUAUCUUAUCCAAAAUCAUACUGUACCCGUUGGUCCAUGUUCAUCACCUACCCCAACAGGCAACCCGUCGGGCAACCCAACUUCAGCAACCACCCUGAUGACCACCGAGGCAAUGGCCCCGAAGACUGGACCACCCAAACCAAAAGUGACAAAGAAACCAAACAAGGAGACCACAAAGGAUCCCAAGAAUUCUAAGAACGACGCUAAGAAAGUACACAACGGCCAACAAUCAAAUUCAGCGACCAUCGGCAUUGGGAUUGGAAUUGCCGCUUUGAUCGCUGUAGUUGUGAUCAUUCUUGUUGGUGUGCGGUACUAUCGUCGUAAUCGCACAUCCACUGACCAUAUGUCUUUAGUGGAGAACUCAACUGCACCCAUUUAGAUUUGGUACUACAGACAGCAUAAGGAGGUCAGUAGAAUCCUAUAUCUACCUUUUUAAUCAUUCCAACAAUAGACAAUUCUAAAAAUCCUCUUCAUGGAACUCUUAGGCACAGGACACUAUUUGUAAUUACUCAAAAUAUUUGAUUUCUUUAAAAACUCACUUGGUAAUGAGCAAUGGAGA